UGGUUUCUGUGCGCUCGUCAGAUGAUGCGGAGGCGGCUGUUACUUUCUGACAUGUCUGGGAAAGCUUACAGUGAUAAGGAGCCUCGCAGUGAGGAGUUUCCCCAUAUUUUUGGAAGUAUUUUCUAUAUUAUUCUCAUUGUUGCGACGUGCAUUUAUUCAGAUACAUUUGCGACGAAUUAAAAUUUUUUUUAAAUUUACUACGCUUGUCAAACCUAUUCGAGACUCAAUUUCUGACAGACUGAGAACCAGCAUUACUUCAUGGCAGUUGCUGUCAGCAUUUUAAUACAGGAACGAUGAGAUUAGAUACUCUCGCACUGGGCAGAAGUAAUUGCCCCAUUGCUUUGAUUCACUGACUCUCAUGGGAAUGUGGAAGCGCGAGCACUGAAUGUUCAAGAAAUGUUACCUAGAUGCAUUUACAGGUAAUUGUGCUUAAUGUUCAUAUUUUGUGGGGGAGGGAAAAGCGAUCUCAUUUGACUUUUUUUUAACCAAACCUGAUUUGUAAAAUUAUUCCUAAACUCACUGAUACCUUGACUGAAGCGUUUUUCUUUGUUUGUUAAGACUCCAAAAUGAUGCUGAUGGUUCUACCAGACUUUUGCACUUUUUUGCGCUGAGCAUCAGAAUUCUAAACUGUUCCUAUUUCAAAAUAAAUAAAUCAAAUCUUAGCCAGAAUCACAUGACACGUUACUGGAUUGGAUCUCUUUACUGACGUAAGUGAAGGUUUCAAACAUGAGGGGAAGUUACAUACUUGGUUUCACAGUUUUGAGUCUAUUGACAUGGGCAGUUUUCCUGUCAGAGAGCAGCCCGACCGAUAAACAAGCCAAACUCAGACUGAUGUCCAUAAAACGAGCAAGACUUAAAUCAAAACAGAGUCAGAUUAUUAGAACAGGAGCAGGUUCAUGGAUCAGUGAUCCACGGCAGCAAAUGCAGGGAGACAUGGGCAUAAAUGUUACCAGGAACGGGCACUCCAGAAAGGUCUUGGCACAAAGAAGACCAGUGCAGGGUGGGUCUAGGAAUCUAAUCCAGCAAGAUGAUGGAACACCUGGAGCCAGGGCCAGAGUAUCCCGUAUGCCAAGCAGCGCUGGUUCUCCGAAUUUAUUGGCCUCAUUUGUGGGGAAGAACCGCCUGCUGGUCAUUUCCGCACCCCAUGACUCUGAUGGCUACUACAGAUUGAUGAUGAGCCUUCUCAAACCAGAGGUUUACUGUGAGUUGGCAGAGCGCCACGUGCAUCAGAUUGUGAUGUUUCACCAGGAAGGGGAGAUGGGAGGGAAAAUCCGACGCAUUACUAAUGAAGGCAAAGUGAUGGAAGAGCCUUUAGAUACAACCCUUAUUCCCAGGCUCAUGAACUUUCUCAAAUUAGAGAAAGGAAAGUUUGGGAUGGUCCUUCUUAAAAAGACCCUACAGUUGGAGGAGCGCUACCCAUAUCCUGUCAGACUGGAGGCUGUGUAUGAAGUUAUUGACCAGUCGCCCAUGCGUAAAAUGGAGAAAGUCCGGCAAAAAGGCUUUGUACAGAAGUGUAAGGGGGCUGGGGUGGAGGGUCAGGUGGUUGAGGGAGUCCCCAGCAUCAGCCCCCAAGUUGAUCCACCAAUGGAUAGGAAGCCGGGGAGAAAAGAGGUGCGGAAACCCAUCCGGAGACCAUCUCAGACAACAACUACAACUACACCAACUCCAACGAUACCAACAACCACCACCACAACUACUACCAAAGCAACUACCACCACCACUUCAGUGCCAACAACUACAACAACCCGCUCUACCACAACAACAACACAGAAAACCACAACCACCACACAGGCCACCACCACUCAGAGGACCACCAGAGCUCAUACUACCCCGCAGUGGAUCCCAGCCCCCAAGACAACAACUGAGCCCUACUACUACAACCGUAUGGACAGAUACCAGACCAAAAGCACCACCUCACCCACAACCCUUCCUGUUUAUUACACCAAGGCCAACACAGGAAAAUAUGGCACAGACAAAAAGGAAUAUGGUCACAAACACACCAAUGUCAUACCUACACAACACAAGCUUUCUAAAGUUAAGCCAUCCAAGAAAAAGAAUGGCAAUAAAGGAAAUAGUAAUUCUUAUAAGGAUAAAUACAAUGUAGGUGAACCCACAAAUGGUUAUCCAGAAGAGGAGGCAGAGGUAGUGCCCACCAAGAAAGGUAAGGGCAGGCAGGACAAGACAGAUAAAAAAAAGAAAAAGGACAAGACUGACAAGUUGUCAAAAAAGGACAAGGCGGAGAGGAGGGGAAAGGAUGGAAAAGGGGGAAAGAAAAAUGGAAAGAAAGUUUCAAAGAACCCUGAGAAAGAAGAGUAUCUGAAACCAACAAAGAGACCACCGCCACCUAAAGGAACUCUUGCUACCUUUUUGGACUAUUUUGAAAGCAAAAGGAGACUAAUUUUGAUUACCGCUCCAGCCGAAGAAAACAACAUGUAUGUUCAGCAGAGAGAUGAAUACCUGGAACAUGUGUGUGAGAUGGCCAUCAGGAAGAUCUCCAUUAUCACCAUCUUUGGCACCCUGACAAACAGCACAAUGAAAAUAGAUCAUUACCAACUUGAGAAUGACAAACCCAUGAAAGGUCUGAGACAGGAGGAUUUGGAAAACCACAAUCUCAUCACGGAACUGAGGAAAGAGUAUGGAAUGACCUACAAUGAUUUCUUUAUGGUCCUUACAGAUCUGGACAUGAAAGGAAAGCAUAACUAUGAAGUGCCAAUUGCAAUGAAGGCUGUGUUUGACCAUAUCGACACAUUUUUCUCACGUAUCAGAGAAAUGGAACAACAAAAACGUGAUGGAGUGAUGUGUAAGAAAGAAGACAAGCCAAGAUCAUUGGAGAACUUCCUUUCCCGAUUCCGUUGGAGACGGAGGUUGUUUGUCAUAUCUGCACCAGAUGAUGAGGAAUGGUCCUAUCAGCAACAGCUCUAUGCAUUGACCAGCCAGGCAUGCAAUUUAGGUCUUCGCCAUGUGUCAAUACUGAAGCUGGUGGGUACAGACCUGGCAGAAAUGGGUGGAGUGUUGGAGCUUUACCCCAUCAAUGGGACUGCAACAGUGGAGCGUGAGGGAAUAUCUGCAAGUCUAGUGAGGGACAUCAGAAACUAUUUCCAGAUCAGCCCUGAGUACUUCUCCAUGCUGCUGGUGGGGAAAGACGGAAACGUCAAGUCCUGGUACCCAUCCCCCAUGUGGUCCAUGGCCAUCAUCUAUGAUCUGAUCGACUCUAUGCAGCUCCGCAGACAGGAAAUGGCCAUCCAGCAAUCUCUAGGCAUGCGCUGCCCCGAAGAUGAGUACGGCUAUGGUUACCACCAUGGUUACCAUGAGGGUUACCAGGAUGGCUAUCAUCAGGGUUAUUAGGGCCCUGGUGAUAUUAGGGCUAACCUGUGAACCCUGCAGAAGGUUUUACAGUUUCCAUAAAACAGUUUGAGGGUAGGAGAUAACUCUAAAACUUCCUUUUAACUAGUUUUACAAUAAUCAUACAGCUGUCCUUGUUAAAAGAUACCUCUCCUCUGCUAUAAGUUUAUGGUCUCUUUUACAUCUAUGGACAAAACCUUUUGUAGAUAAAAGAAGUUAACAUAACUUUUGUAUUUAUUGGAUGUUUUCUCUAUAGAAAGUGAUUGUUUUAAAAGGUCACAUCCUGCUUUUUCUUGUUGAAACCAUGGUUUUGAUUGUAAAGAGCACUGUCGCAAUAUGGUUUAUGUCUUAUUUAUAAACUUAUAAGUUGUGCUAAAAUUUCAGUAAAGAUAUAUUACUAUCAUGCCUUUGCGUUUUGGACACAAUAUGUUCCAAAUAUUGAAAGUAUUCAUACAAAAUGUAUUAUCAGCUAAACUAUUGUAUAAUAUAGCAGGAAUUUUUGUGCAAUGUGAUCCCCAAUUGAAUUUUUCUCCUAAAGAUGCCCUUUUUUAAUUUUUGAGGGCACUUACAGCAUUCUAACAAUCUAACAAUAGUAAUCUAACAAUUACAAAAGAACAUCAAGAUAAACUGUAAAGAUAGCGCAAUAUUUUCUUUAAUUUAUCCCCCUCUGCUGGUCAGUAAUAUUUUGACAGUUGACACAAAAUUAUUAUUACAGAUGAAAUGUGUAAUUUAUCUGCUGUUUUCAAGGUUUUUCUAGGUUCCUAGAACCUACCCUCUAUUCCUGUGGUCAAACAAACUGAUAAUCACACCCCAAACCGAUCCCACAACAUUGGUUGGGCCAAUGUUUCUGCAUCAGCUUGGUCAGAACAAACAUAGUAUGCAGAGUUUAGUAAAUGUAAGCCAUUUGUUGGUUGUUAAGAUGUGAUUACAGAAAUAUUUGGACCCACCUUAUAUUAGGUGGCCUUAACUACUAUGUACUUAACCAUUUGAUACAAUUUACUUAUGAACAACUUAUGUUGUUGCAUUGUAAUUACAUUUAAAGUACUUUAAUUACAUUUGUAGUUACACUGUUAACAUUACCCCUAACCCAACCCUUACCCCAAAACCUAACUCUAACCUCACCCUUACUCAAAACCUACCUGUACCUCAACCUCAGUGUGCAUUUUGCAGAACAACAUGUAGUUACACAGUAAAUACAUAGUCUUGUAUGUAUUUAAUAUUAGUACAUAGUAGUUAAAGCCACCUAAUAUUGUGUGGCCAAAUAUUUUAACACCAGGAUAAUUGUAUUCUACCUGUCGUACACAAUUAUUGAGAAUUUCCAUAAAAUGACUGUAGAAAUGUUUAAGCAGAUAUGAUUAAAGUGUGGAUUUUAUUCUCCCCAAAAUCCCAGAAGAGUAUUGUUUUGUUCGUAUGUCAACACAUCAAAAUACAAAACAUGCAAUCACAGUAUGGCAUAUAGUACAUGAUGCUUGUGAAUGUUGAUAUGUGAAGGCAGAUGUUACCAUUAGAGUGGUAUAAUAAAAAUAGAAUGAUUUCUUAUUACCUUAAUGACAGCGGUCACCUUACAUCCAUAUUCAUAUUAACUAUGAAGCAAUGAAGAACUGUCCAACCAAAAUGUAAUGAAAGCAGUACUAUCUUCACAUUCAUAAUCAAACUUAAUGAGGAUAAUACAUUCUCAAAAUAAUGACAUGGACAAUUUGUAAGAGAAGGCUAAUAAUAAUAACUCUUUGAACCCUUUUGAUGUCUCUAAGCCAUUCCAUGUAACUGAAACAAUGCAGUAUAUAUUUAUUUUCUGAAUUAAUUAUAAUACACAUUAUGCAUAUACACUGAUUCAAGAAUAUUUACAAAGUAUUUACAGACAUGGUUCAAAACCGACUUAAAAAGACUCUUCUUGCGAAUCGCUGUCUGUGUCGGCCUUGGUUAGUCUCUCCAACUCUUCUCCAUCCUGCAAUCAAAACAUGAGACAUAGUCAUGAGAUACUUCAUGUCCAUUAAGACUAUUGUAUCCGUACAGAAGAACAUGAUGCAAAAUGUUUUUAUUUCCAUUACCUCUUAUCUUAGACUUAUCUGCAUGGAAGAUUAUAGUUCAAGGAUUAUGCCGUCCAGUGAAUGCAGUUUCAUGCAAAAUACUAUUCAUGUUAGAACUUCUGUCAUUUACUAUACAGAAAACAUGAUCUCAGCUGGAACUUUUUUAUAUUCCCUAGCCAUAGGGACAUGAUUUUCUUUGUAACAACACAAAGAUAUCAUUGAGAAGUGCCAUUUUGCCACUAAUGGAAGUCCCUGCUCUCUAUAUAACUUGUGAUUUAAAUAAUGCAAUUAUCUAAGGUAGGGCAUUGCUUCUCUAAAUUGUGUUUCUAUACAGAGAAUCAGGUUUCUGACCCCUCCUCACUGAAUCAAAGUAGGAGAAUAACAAACUGUUAUUAGUGAUCAAUACUGGUAUUAAGUGUCCAAUAACCAAAAUACAGAGAAAAACAAAUUCUUCUGCUUUUAGACACAAUAACAAUAUUUUAUAUAUUUAUUUAUAUGUAAAGUUGUUUAAAAUGUAUUAAGUUUAUGUUAUGUACAAGUUACUGUUUUCUUUAGAACAUGCAAUGGUGAAAUGGUGUUGUUGGGUGAUAUUUUAUAAAAGACUCACUAAAUGGUGGCAUUUAUUGGUAUUAUUAGGGCUGGGCAUUGAUACAGAUUUCACAAAUCAAUCUGAAUCAAUUCGAUAUUGAUUCAUAUGGGUACAUUUAUUUUACGAUGUCUAUUUUGCUUAAAUAUCAAAUAAAUUCUCUCUCAGCUAAUGCUCUUAUUAUAAAGGAGCCUUCUGGGCAACCUUCUAGAGACAAUUAGAAAAUAUAAUUUACUAAUUAUAUUUUAUCAUUAGUUUUUCAUCAAAUUGGUCACAGCUUUUGGAAAAAGUUUCAAAUUCAGUCUAUUUGAUCAAUUAAAGUCUUGAAAUUGCAUAUAUUAUAUUGCAUAUAUACAUUUUUGUUAUCUUUAUUUUCCGUCUCUAAGACUAGCGGCAUCAGCCAGUAAGAGCAUGUUUACAAGAGAAGACAUGCAUGGUUUCUUUAACACAUCCAUUAGAAUAAAAUGUUUCUUUUUUUUGUUGUUUUUAAUCACCGAAAACAGAAUGGGUAUAAAAAGAGACAUUAUUCAAUUACAUAUGGAUCCGUGGUUCUCAUCAAUGGACACAAAGAACAAGUUAACCCAAACUUUAACUGCAGUGAAAUAUCCACUGUGCUAAUAACUUCUUCUCCACUUUACUACUCAAUCACUGGUGAGUGAAAUCUACUAGCCAAUGGCCAAUCAUAGACAUUUUUAGACACAUAGCGUGAGAUUUAGAUGCACAUGCAAGUGAUUUACAGCAUUAUAGAGGGUUGCCGCAUAGAAUGAAAGAUAAAUCUUGGGAUUAUAGAAUAGAGUUCGUUCAAACGCAGAUCGCGAUGCAUCGGAAAAUCGAUAUUUUUACCCAACUCUAUUAAAGAACCAAUAUCCGAUUAAGCAAAGAAUAAUUAUAUAUAUAUAUAUUUUUUUAA